AUGUCAGACGUAGAGUAUUGCCGCAUCAACUCCAUGAGUGUGCAGGAAAAAAGAUGGAAAGGGAGUAAAGCAAGGGAACUGGGAGGAGGUUUUAAGUUGCCCUAUAAUGGAUUAAAUGAGCAGAGCAGGGUAGUGAUUAUAUUAUCGGUUGGAAUGAAGGAAAAUGUGAUCAGUGUAAGUAGAAGUGACAGAAUAAUGCGAGUAAAAUUAUUCCUCGAAGAGACAAUUAACAUCGUGAGGGCAUAUGCUCCUCAGGUAGGCUGUGAGGAAGAGGAUAAUGAAAAAUUUCUGGAGGUGGAAGCAGGAGAGAGAAUGGUCAUUGGAGGUGACCUAAAUGGGCACAUUGGUACCAACAGAGAUUGGCUAGAGAGGGUACAUGGGGGACAGGAUCUAGAGAAGGCCUAUGAUAGAGUGCCAAUGCAGGAGCUCUGGAGAUGCAAGAGAAGGAAGGGAGUGCCAGAAAAAAUAUGUUCGGAUCAUCCAGGACAU